AUGUAUGCGACCUUGGCAAUGGGCGGAAACCGCCAGAGCCACAAGCAGAUCGAUGACAGUCGGCCGUGGGUCAUGCGGAUCUACUAUUCUAACACGAAAGUCCUUUUCACAGUGUGUGCGCUGAAUGAGCUCUUCUUUAUUGCGUUAUAUUUACUCUCAUUCUCGUCAUCGCCAUCGUCGGUGAACAACCCGAACUUCACGACAUCACAAUCCGAUCCUUUAACGCCCUGGAGCUCCUCUUGGAGUGCUGGGGCAAUGGAGGUGGCUCGUGCAAAUAAAAUAGACGAUUCUGUUCCAUGGUGUCUCCUUCACGUUUCGACACCAUUUAUGCUCUUCAAGCAAUAUGUGAACAUGAUUCAGUUAACAGAGGCCAGCAAAUGGCUUGUUGAAGGUGAUCUUGAAACAAGAAGGAAUGAACGGCUUGCGCAGAAAAGAGACCAGUGA